GUACAAUCUGACAUUCGAGUUGAAAACUGGCAGACGACCGGGAAGCGCAGGUGAGUGGCACUUACAUGUAUCACGUUGGUCGCAGUUGCAUGGCUCCGAGCCAACACCAAGACACUUGCACGCGAGUCAUCAUGCCACCUCAGUUUCUCACUGUAUCUCUCCCACCGAAACAGAGAGAAGAACACCCAACGAGGAGCUCAAAAAGCCUUCUCGCCGUUAGGUUUAUCAGAUACCGUUGGCCCACACCAGCAGAUUGCAAGAUGCAGCUCUUCAUCCGCUCGGACGCAGGACGGACGCUGACGGUCGCGAUAGCAAACCCACGGGCCAAAGUACAGGAACUACUGACGCUCGUGGAGGCCAAGCAGCAAGGACUUUUCACUCAGGGGUAUCUUAACUACGGAGGCGUGCCGCUGCGUGCGUCGCGGUCACUAACAGACUACGGGAUCCAGAACCACGCUACGCUGGACUUGUCGCGACGUCUACACGGCGGCUGCUUCGGCUUCUCCAUCCUGUUGUGGAUCCUUAUCUUCAUCUGCUGUCUCAUCAGCGUCUGCACGUGUGGACUGUCAUUACCGGUGGCGCUGUGUCUACUGCCACCUGCUCUUCUCCUGCCGCUCUGCUGUCUAUAACUGGGUGUACCAAGAAGAUGUAUAGACAGCUUUUGCUUUAGACACGGCAGGAUCCAUUCGUCUACAUGUAAGAACUGCGUCAAGCACGACAAGAAAGUAGCAACAGUUUUCGCGUAUCAACAGCAGAUAUCUAUCAACCAAACUGGCAAAAACAAACUCAAAAAUCAAUAAAAAGUCACGUCUUCGUCUUCAAGUC